ACCCUAUAAAAGAAGAAGAAAAAAACCCUAAAAAAGAAGAAAGAAGAAGAGGAAGUCGUUUUGAAGACAAAAAAGUUCAUCAUGGGAGACAGCGAAGAGGAAAUCGACUAUAUGUCAGAGGAUUUUCUGGCGCAGUGUGUUGGUAAUAAUGAUGUACGUCCUGGAUUGCUCUUUUCACAUUCAUCAAAGAGGAAAGCUCAAAUAGAGAAACAGAGAAAGCAUAAGAAUGAGUCAAAUCGGGAACGAUUCAAACCUGUGAAACAAGUCCAGCAAGAACGGCUGCAGGAAGGCCUUAAUACAGCAUUGGACUCCUCAAACAAAGGGUUUUCAAUGCUUCAAAAAAUGGGAUAUAAGCCUGGGUCUAGUCUUGGAAAGCAAGGUCAGGGAAAACUAGAACCAAUUGCUGUGGAGCUGAAGGCAGACAGAGUUGGGCUGGGAUGGCAGGAGAUGAUUUCAGAGCACAGAAAGAAGCAACAGGAGAUGAAAAGACAAAAACAAGAAAAACACAAAGAAGAAAUAAGCACAGAGAAGUUCAGAGCUAGGAUGCGCAGUCAGCAGCAAGAAAAGUUGAUCAGUGCCGAUUUGAUGAAGAGUCAGCGAAUCUGCCAUCAGAUGGACUCAAAAGCUGAAAUAAGUGAGCCUGUGGAACCAUGGUUCUGGCCAAAGUAUGCUUUGAAGAAGGAAGGUGAAGAAGAUGAAGAGGAGGAGGUGGAGGAAGAGGAGGAGGAGGAACUAGAAUUUGAGCCUGAAGAACAGUUGAACAUCCUUACUGCAUAUCUCAAGGCAACUUAUUGUUACUGCAUUUGGUGUGGAACAGUAUAUGAUGAUGAGCGAGACUUCAAGCAAAAUUGCCCAGGACAAACAAGAGCAGAUCAUGAUGAUUAAUGCAAGAUUUCUUAUUUUAUAUGAAUCUGUAAUUUUUUAUGUGAAGUGAUAGUCUUUCAAUAUUAUUUUAUGGUUUUAUUUAUAUAUUUAUUUACUGGUUUUAGAUAAGUGUUGUCAGCCUUAUUGUUUUGGGUAGAAACCAGCUUUGCAUUAUAUUGUUUUCAAAACUAGGAAAAAUAGUACUCAUAAUUUAAUUUUUUGUGUUUGUGAAUAGAUGACUUUUUGCAAAAUGUUAUGGGCCACAAAUUUUGAGUAAGGGAAGCAUAAUACUUCAGUGCAAGCAUUCCUUAAAAAUGGUAAUUGUUUCAGUAGGUCCCAUUAAUCACUAACAAGUGAAAGAAAAAUUACAUAUGAUGAUUUUAUCAGACUAUGUGUUGGUGAUAUUUGCAUAUGUACAUUAAAUACUUUUUAAAAAUAGAUUGUGAAAAUAUGGAA